GAUAUAUAUUGCGAAAGACUUGCAAUCGUUGUUUAGCAUCUAGCAAUGGCAGAAGCAGAUAACAAACAAACAAGAGAAAAUGGAUCAGAUUUCAGUUUCACGAGAAACGCUAACACUGGGCGUCGUGGAUUACCCAUGAUCCAAACCCGCAAGAACCCAACCGAUUCAGAGCAAGUGUGCCACGACGACAGCACCCCGCCGGUGAAAGCUCAAACCAUUGACCAACUCCAUUCUCUUCAGAAGAAAAAGUCAACCCCUUCCACUCCCGUCAGAACACCACACUCACCCUUUCCCACUGUUUCCGAAGAGGAUCGCCAAAGGCAGCACCUUCAGUCCAUAAGCGCAUCGUUAGCGUCGUUGACGAGGGAGACAGGUCCUAAGGUGGUGAAAGGAGACCCAGCCACGAAGGCUGAGAAAGGGACACACACACACGUUCAUCAUUUCUUUGCUUCCACUUCCUUUGAUGUCAGUGACAGUGCUCUCAAAUUCACCCACGUCCUCUACAACCUCUCCCCCGCCGAGCUAUAUGAGCAAGCAAUUAAGUAUGAGAAAGGAUCAUUCGUAACGGGAACGGGUGCGUUAGCUACACUUUCGGGGGCCAAAACGGGACGCUCUCCCCGAGAUAAACGGGUUGUCAAGGAUGAGACCACCCAGCAUGACCUUUGGUGGGGAAAGGGCUCGCCCAAUAUUGAAAUGGACGAACAUACCUUCUUAAUUAACAGAGAAAGAGCUGUUGAUUACUUGAACUCCCUCGAGAAGGUUUUCGUAAAUGAUCAAUUUCUGAAUUGGGAUCCAGAACACAGAAUCAAAGUCCGAAUUGUAUCUGCAAGAGCUUAUCAUUCCCUAUUUAUGCACAAUAUGUGCAUCCGACCCACUCCUGAAGAGCUAGAGGAAUUUGGAACUCCAGACUUUACUAUAUACAAUGCAGGACAGUUCCCUUGUAAUCGUUACACGCACUACAUGACUUCAUCUACUAGCAUAGACAUCAACAUAGCAAGGAAAGAAAUGGUGAUCCUUGGCACGCAAUAUGCUGGGGAAAUGAAGAAAGGUCUCUUUAGCGUAAUGCACUACCUCAUGCCCAAGCGCAAUAUUCUCUCCCUACAUUCUGGGUGCAAUAUGGGCAAAGAUGGCGAUGUUGCUCUCUUUUUUGGAUUAUCAGGUACUGGAAAGACUACUCUUUCUACCGACCAUAACCGGUAUUUAAUUGGAGAUGAUGAACAUUGCUGGAGUGAAAAUGGGGUGUCAAAUAUUGAAGGGGGUUGCUAUGCAAAGUGUGUUGAUCUUUCAAAGGAUAAGGAACCGGACAUCUGGAAUGCCAUCAAAUUUGGGACAGUACUCGAAAAUGUUGUUUUCGAUGAGCAUACUCGAGAUGUAGAUUACUCAGACAAAUCUGUAACCGAGAACACUCGUGCAGCAUAUCCUAUUGAGUACAUACCCAAUGCAAGGAUACCAUGUGUUGCUCCCCAUGCAAAGAAUGUCAUCCUUCUAGCUUGUGAUGCAUUUGGGGUACUUCCCCCAGUAAGCAAGCUGAGCUUGGCCCAAACCAUGUACCAUUUCAUCAGUGGCUACACAGCUUUGGUUGCUGGGACAGAGGAUGGUAUAAAAGAGCCCCAGGCUACAUUCUCUGCUUGUUUCGGGGCAGCAUUCAUAAUGAUGCACCCUACCAAAUAUGCAGCAAUGCUGGCUGAAAGGAUGCAGAAGCACGGAGCUACUGGAUGGCUUGUCAAUACUGGCUGGUCAGGAGGAAGUUAUGGACUGGGCAAUCGGAUCAAGCUAGCGUAUACUAGGAAAAUCAUCGAUGCUAUUCACUCCGGGAGUCUUUUGAAUGAAAAGUACGCCAAGACUGAAGUGUUUGGGUUUGAGAUCCCAAUAGCAGUAGGAGGAGUUCCUUCGGAAAUCUUGGACCCCGUGAAUACUUGGUCUGACAAAAAGGCCUACCAAGAUACGCUCUUGAAACUGGCAAGUCUAUUCAAGAAGAACUUUGAUGGAUUCAUGACCUAUAAGAUAGGGAAAGAUCAGAAGUUGACUGAAGAGAUUGUCUCUGCUGGUCCUAUUUUCUGAGAAGAGAAGAUCGGUUUUAACAAAAAAACAAUGUUCAGAAUAUUUCAAAGUAUGAAGUGCCUCAUUAAUCAUUUUCACGUGAGAAUAUUUCAUAGUUUUUUGUUGGGUUGACUACAAGACUGUCCCUUUGAAAUUGACCCUUUGGUCCAUCAAUCCGUAUUGUUGCAAUUCGCUCCUUUGUGCUCCUUCGAUGAUUGAGAAGUUCGGCAUGCUAUUGUCCCUGCUUUUUGUUUUCCUGAGAACUUUUACCCUUCAAAAGGGAUACACUGGCUAGUUUUUUUUAUUGUCACAAACUGUUUCACUUUAGCCGAAGAAAUCGUUCCCGUUUAAGAAUGUUUAUUC